AUGACGUCGUCUAUGCGGGGUUUGUGGCCUGGACGCAAGAAACCAAGGAAGGAAACGCCCGAGGAGGUUCGGCAACGAUAUCUCCGUGAAAUUCUGAGAAGAGAAUUGGAGGACAAGAGGCGUGUGGAGCGGGAGAUGCACAACCUUGUGAAGCAGAUCAAUGCUCUCAUUCUCAAAGAUCGGAAGAGUAUUGCUGCUUAUCAGCGCAAAGUCAAAGAUGAAGACCCGCGCAGCGUCUUCUACUAUCGCAUGCUACGUCGUGUAGGCCUGCCAGAAGUUCAUGCUCGCUUCGCGCCAUGGUUCCUCAAAUCCAAUCAGAUUCAACUCAACCGCUGGAGUGCUGUGUUGUUCAACAGACUCGAGCAGGCUUUCUUCGCAGUGCCAGAACAGCUCUCAACCGUGGAAAUCCGCAUGCUUGCUCACCAAAAACACUACGAUGCCAUCAUGAAGCCUGCAUCUGCUGAUUUAGCAGCGUCGGACGCAUCGAAGACACUCGAGCCACGUCAAAAGAAUCAACUCUUACUACAGCGAGCAUUUCGAGACUGUUCCUUUCACGUUGAUGAAGAUAUUGCCCGCAAAAGACAGCAACAGGCAGCAGCCACCGGCGUCAAAACGCCACAAUCAAAACCACAAUUGAAGCAACUCAGUGACAACCAAGAAGACGAAGUCGACAAGCUGGAAUUAAUUCCAGAAGUACCAUUAGUAAAUGCCCCACCAGGACUCGCCCCUCAAGUGCGAGGCCAGCUAGAAUCUCAUGGUAAACACAAGUUCUUCACAUACAAUGGACGCUGGAAAGAUGGCGAAAUGCAUGGUGUUCUCGGAGUCUACUCGUUCGCUGACGGCGGCAAAUAUCGUGGAGAGUUCGCCCACAAUGUGCCAAGUGGGAACGGGACCGUCGUAUAUCCGAACGGUGUGAAAUACACUGGUGCGUUUGCAGAUGGUGAGUUUCAUGGCUUCGGCGUGAUGGAGGUGGAGCGUGGAUAUCGCUACGAAGGUGAAUUUCUAAGAGGUCAGCGUUGUGGACUGGGUAAACUGCAAAUGCUUCAGAGUGGCGCUGUCUACGAAGGUGAAUUCUACAAUAAUAUGCGGCAUGGCCAAGGCACAGAGACUAGCUCUCUCGGAUACUCGUACGUCGGUACGUGGCGAUGCAAUCGCAUCAGCGGGAAGGGCCGAUUAUUUUGCCCCGAUAAACGAGAAGUUUUCCGUACGGAUUGGCCGCCGUUGCUGCUUGGCGAGGCAAUUCGCCUUGUGAAACGAGAGCAGGCAGAGGAUAGUUGGCGACAAGAGCUCUGGUAUCGAAAACUUCUUCGUGUUCGUGAUGACUUGCGAGCUCUGGAUCUGCAAUAUGCCUUCUGGGAUGCGGAAGAAGCUCGUAUGAAGCGGGAGAAAGAGGAACGGAUUGACAACUUGAAACGGGCACGUCGCGAAAAACGCGAGGCUCAGGCGGCGGCGAAGAAGGCGUUCAUGGAACAAGCAGAGCGUCAAGUAGAGAGCAGUGAAGGCAGCGAUGACGAUGAAGAAGAUGAUGAAGAUGACGAAGAAAGCAGCGAAGGCGCGAGUGAGAGUGCUGAAGAUGACAAUGAAAGUGAAGACGGAGAGGACGAGAGUGAAGAAGAUGAAACGGAAUAG